ACUAAUAAACACCAAUAAGAAAAAAGCUAUAUAUUUCAAGACAACAUAAAAUUAAAAUGAGUAAAGUUGUAUUAAUUAGUGUGAUGAUGGCUUGCAUGUUAAUAUCAAGCUCAUAUGGUAAAGCAACUUUGACAUGUGAACAAGUAACCGUAUGGUUAACUCCAUGCAUACCCUAUGGAACAUUGGGAGGAAGUGUGUUACCUUUGUGUUGCCAAGGUGUUCAUUCCUUAAACGCUGCUUACAAGAAUGGUGAUGAUAGAAGACUUACUUGUCACUGUGUUCAAGAUAGGGCUGCGUUAAUCCCUUUGAUUGAUUAUACUCGUAUUAAUCAAAUUGGUGAUCUUUGUGGAUCUAAAUGUCCCUUCAAAGUUUACCCUUCCACUGAUUGCGAUAAGGUUAAAUAAGCAACAAAGGGUGUGCAAACAUGUCGCAAGUGGUGGAAGAUUGUUAUAGGGAGAGAAAAUAAAUAUUAUGUUUCAUUAUGGAAAAAUAAAGUGUACUGAUCGUAUGUAACGAUCUGGUGAAUGCUUGGAAUAAUAUAUGUCAUAUUUCGGCAAUAAAAGUAAUAUAUUAAAUAUAAAAAAUAAAAUGAAUUAGCCUUGUAAAAUGAA